UUAUUUGUUACACCUGUCGAGCCAACUGAUUUUUCAACCAUGAACGCACCACCGACCUUCGAAUCUUUCCUUCUGUACGAAGGAGAGAAGAAAAUUAUCAAAGAACUGGACAUGAAAGUUCCAAACGCUGCCAUAUUCACCGUCAACAAGGAAGAUCACACGCUGGGAAACAUGAUUCGCAACCAGCUGCUGAAGGAUCCGAACGUGCUGUUCGCUGGCUACAAACUUCCCCACCCGCUCGAGCACAAGUUCGUACUGCGCAUCCAGACGACGUCGGAAUAUUCCCCUCACGAAGCGUUCAUGAACGCCAUCACCGAUCUGCUGUCCGAGCUGUCCCUGUUCGAGGAGCGGUUCCGGGAGGCGAUGAAGGAAAAGAAGGAGGGUGGCGAUUAGGAUUAUUUCGGAUACACCAUAAGGCGGGAGGUGAGAGUAGGUGAGCAGCGGGACAGAGAGAGAGAGAGGGUUCAUGGUCCGUUUUUACCCUCAUGGAAUGUCGGUGUGCGAACAGGCAGGCUUUUUAAUGUUUAAGAAUAUAUGACCUAUAUUGGAUUCAGUAUAAAUAUUGAAUUAAUCCUA